GUGUCCGCGUACUGUACACUGUUCGCAGGGAAUGUAUGACCCCAAUGUAUGUUUUCAGCUACGUUCGCGGUUUUCCUCGCACUCAAACGGCCCGAAGAAUGCUUGUUGGAGGUGCGGUCGAGACGCCACAGUUCCGAGGCGACGAGGUCCUUCUUGAGUUUCAUCGGAUCGGAAUGUGAGCUUUGCCGUGAGCCAUGUCGACCAUUUCAGCAAUGCGUAGCGGACAAUGGCGGUGGCGGUCAGCCUAGGUGUGGUUGUGAGACACAGUGUGCCGAUUCCAAGAACACUAACCGGCAGGUGUGUGCAUCCAAUGGCGAGACAUACUCCAACAAGUGCGAGAUGCGAAAAGCCGGCUGCAGACUGCAAAGGAAGCUGCGGGCAGUUUCGAAAGGUGGUUGUCAACCGGAUCCUUGCUCCACUGCACAAUGCCCACGGAGCCAAGUGUGCAUCCCGGACCCUGCCGACGUGAGUCGACCAAAAUGCAUCUGCAACCACCAGUGCAGCUCCAGAAUCAACUAUGUGUGCGGCACCAAUCACCGCUCCUACACCAGCCCCUGCCACCUGCACAAACGCGCCUGUGAGGAACAGACGAACGUCACAGUUCUCCACGAUGGUCUAUGCUCCUUGCACCCCAACCCAAGCGGCGAUGAUGCACAGCCGACAGAGGAGAGCUCAGGAGGCGGCGCUGCUGGAUUUGAUUGUUCUCAAUGUUCCCAGUACACAUACUGUGAUCGGGCAGAGCAGCGAUGUGUGUGCCCGCGCUGCCACAACGUCAACCCGUCGCCCGUGUGCGGAACAGACGCGAACAACUACGCGAGUGCAUGCCACCUCUACCAGGACGCGUGCACAAACAGACGCGACACAUCACUGGCUUACAACGGCUACUGCAAGGACCCGAUCCAUGAGAUGCCGCAGCUGUGCCGGGGUGUCCAGUGUCUAUACGGCGGGGUGUGUGAGGUGCAAGGCAACCAAGGCGUGUGCACCUGUCCCAGGAACUGUCCAAACUACGAGGACCUGACCUGUGGAACUGACGGCAAGACGUAUCGCAAUCGCUGCAUCAUGAAGCAGGAGCGCUGCAGGAGGCAUUCUCACAUCGACGUAGCCAGUGACGGUGCCUGCCCCACGCAGGCCCCAUCGCCUCCCACGAUCACUACAACGCUGAUUGUAGACGCAGCAACGACUAGGCCAGCAACUAAUCCUUGCACAUUGGUCACGUGUUCCGCUGACAAGAAAUGCAUAGUUGAUGGUGCGGGCCAGGCAACGUGUACCUGCAAGACGUCAUGCUCCCACGGCGCGGCGAACGUAUGUGGCUCCGACGGAGAGACCUACCUGAACGAAUGCACGCUGCGCGCCAUGGCAUGUGUCCAGAACCGCAACAUCACCGUCGUGAAGCACGGGAGCUGCGCCAGUGAUCCGUGCAGCGGUGUUCAGUGCCCGUACAGCAGCGUGUGCUCAUCGGCGUCAGGUGCAGCCCAGUGCGAGUGUCCGCAGCACUGCCCUCGCGCCAGCCAGCCGGUGUGCGGCUCCAACGGAGACGUGUACCACAACCGCUGCAUCAUGCAGAAGCUCUCCUGCCAGCUGCAGCAGGAGAUCACCGAAGUGCAGAUGUCAGCUUGCCAGCCAACGGUGGACAUGCCAGAGGCCUGCCGAGCACUGAAUUGCCGCUUUCACGGUCGCUGCAUAGUGAGCCCUGCCACGGGACUGGCGAGAUGCAACUGCACGCGCGACUGUCCCGUCGCGCGCCAGGUGGUGUGCGGAGAGAACGGCGGACUGCACAUCUACCAGAACGAGUGCAUCAUGGAGAAGAUAGCAUGCCAGCUGGACGAGGACAUAGCCGUGGUGCCGAUGGAACGGUGCACUACGGCGCAGACUACUCCAUCGCCGCUGCUGAUGGAAACCACUGCAACUGUCGUGGCUACAGCAGAUGCAGCAACAACGAACGGUCCAACUUCACCGUCACCACCGCCCACUCCGACUUGCAUGACGUGCGACGAACAGCUGCCCCUCCUGGUCUCCUUCCCAAGAGCGUGUAGUGUUCAGAUGAUUGCAAAUGGAAAAGUUGACUUCUCUUCCGCAGUACAUAUCGGAGAAGGCAUCACGGAGUACACGGUGCAAGUCGACCGCUAUCUGAAAACGACCAAGAUCAACGGGAGAAACAUGGCCGAGAAACUGAUCAAGAUCCGUCUGAAGUCGGCGUGCACGUGUGCAAGUGCCGCCAAGAACAUGCUGGUGGCGGGCGAGUGGGUUGCCGACAGUGCUGAUACACCCUUUGCCGGUCACCUUAAGGUGGACGUGGAGGGCGGCACUGGCAUGAUUGAGCCGUACAUCAAGAAGCCCUGGAAGUUCUGGAAAGGCAUGUACCGCUACGCCAGAGGCCUGCGGCAGAUCGUGUGCCGAGACAACAGCCAGUAGAAAACAGGAAAUUCCGUGGCACAGUGAAUUACCUCCCACAGACAUUAAAUACAAGGUGCUUCAAUGAAUUGGAGAAUUAGUACAUGCCGUGUGAGUCAAUCGGUGAUGAAAUGUAACACGAAGAAUUCAGACUAUGCUCCAGCUAUAGGAGGAAUCCAGCAUUCAUUAACCAUGACAUGCUUAGGACACUUGAGAUUAUCAAUAAUUCACGAAUCACUGACCGACGCUGAGAAAACAAAACGAAGAAACCCUUAGACCUAUUCCGGCACAUGCCCAACACCCACCCAUAUGCACCCUAUUUUAUAAUCAGCCAGAACGUAUAGUCUGGUGCUGCAAAUAUCAACCCAGAGUAAGCAGCUGGUGAUUGAUUCAGCCUGCUGUCGUGAGACGUCCUACUCUACAAAAUUCGCUCAUCCGUCUCGCACUUGCUGUUACUUCCACCUCUCCCUUGCCCCUCUCCGCUCCUUGAAAUCAGCAGGGGAAUUGCGGUUAUUCAGUCAACCACCGGGUAGCUUUGAUCCGUGGCUAAGUUAUUUUUCCCUUCAUCUGUAGCCUCCUUUCCUACGAGUGUUGUUUUGCGUUUUAGUCACCUCACUGUUGAUUGUCAGAGCCCUCUAUCUACACAUUAGGAUACUUGAAACACUGGAAUACUAUUCUGAUGUCAUUUUUUACGUUGUAUAGCAUUGGCGAAGCACUAGCAGUAUACUUGCUGCAUGUAUGCACA